GUGCAUAAUAUAUUAUAGCGCCUACUCCAUUGUUUGCGCAACAUAGCACAACGAAAUCCAACGCAAGAUUCUACGUUCGUUCUUGUUGUUUGUUUUCUGUCUAUUAUUCAUUGGUACUCCGUGAAUUAAUACUCACCACUGGAUAUAGCUUAUUGAAGUUAUACGAAGCCUUCACUAAAUACACUAUUGCCUACCGGUGAUUUAGUUUUAGUGACAAUUGAUUAGCUAGUAAUUUUACAAAGCCGACUAGAUUUUUUAUCUACAGAAUAAAGCUGCUAAAGUGUUAUAAACUCACUCGCUAGUUUGGUACCACAUUUUGUAGAUGGUAUACCUGCCUUAUGUUAAUGGAAUAUUAAACCUCAUGGGUUGUGGUACAACUGGUCAAUCUAGUCCUGUGAUUGAAGUUAAACCGUCAUUUUGUUGGGAUUCAAUGUUGGUACGACUAGCUGGAUUUUCUGGGGCAUUGGCUGUUAUUGCGAGCGCUUAUGGUGCUCAUGGUUUCAGAGAUGAACAAGAUAAACAAAGACAAAUUUUCAAAACUGGGGCUUAUUAUCAUUUGGUUCAUUCGGUGACUUUGUUAACCACGCCUUUAUUCAGACGUCCUGUUCUGUCUGCUACUCUUUUCGCCACCGGAACUCUACUGUUCUCUGGUUCAUGCUAUUAUGUGGCUCUAACUGGAGAUGAUCGAUUCUCUAGAAUAGCACCUAUUGGUGGCAUGACCCUUGUGUUCGCCUGGCUUUCUUUGGUUUUCUAACAAUUGCGCCAACUAUUUCGAGAGCUGUUUAUUACUAAUCGUUCAUUUUUCUACAAAUUAAUCGGUAUACCAUAAACAUGUCAUUUUAUUUUUAUUCUCAACAUACUAGUAAAUAAAUAGUUUGUAAUUGGA